UGCUGCCUCGGUCGCCGCGGUCCCCGGGGAUCGGGCUCCGGCGCUCGCUCCCAUUGGCCGCCGCUGCGUCAGCUGGUGCGAUUUGCUGCUGUCGCUUUUGGCGUUCGGCCAUCCAGAAACAAACCAGUUCGAUGACUACUAAUAGUUAUAGCCAGAUGUACUAAUACACAACAAAUCACAGUCCUGCAGAGGGGCGCGCAAAUGAGUUCCUAUUUUGUGAAUCCCACUUUCCCCGGGAGCCUGCCCAGCGGCCAGGACUCCUUCUUGGGCCAGCUGCCCCUCUACCCGGCUGGCUAUGACGCGCUGAGGCCCUUCCCGGCCUCGUAUGGGGCGUCGAGCCUUCCGGACAAGACGUACACCUCACCUUGUUUCUACCAACAGUCCAACUCGGUCCUGGCCUGCAACCGGGCGUCCUACGAGUACGGGGCCUCAUGUUUCUAUUCUGAUAAGGACCUCAGUGGCGCCUCGCCCUCGGGCAGUGGCAAGCAGAGGGGCCCCGGGGAUUAUCUGCACUUUUCUCCCGAGCAGCAGUACAAACCCGACAGCAGCACCGUACAGGGCAAAGCCCUCCAUGAUGAAGGCACCGACCGGAAGUACACGAGCCCUGUUUACCCUUGGAUGCAGCGGAUGAACUCCUGCGCGGGUGCUGUGUACGGGAGCCACGGGCGCCGAGGCCGCCAGACCUACACACGCUACCAGACCCUGGAGCUGGAGAAGGAGUUCCACUUUAACCGCUACCUGACACGGCGCCGCCGCAUCGAGAUUGCCAAUGCGCUCUGCCUCACCGAGCGCCAGAUCAAGAUCUGGUUCCAGAACCGCCGCAUGAAGUGGAAAAAGGAAAAUAAGCUCAUCAAUUCCACACAGCCCAGCGGGGAAGACUCUGAGGCAAAAGCGGGCGAGUAGAUGUCUGGGCAGGGACCAGGCCAGCGCUGCAACCUCCUUUGGCUUUGCCCCCUUGCCCUUGCCUGCUUCCCAACUUUUCUCCCCUUGUGCUGCUAUGGGGGGCUUCUGCAGCUUCAGGGGAGCCCGAAGCUUUGAAAGCUCUCGAGUAUUUAUUACAAAAAAAAAAAAAACACCAACAACAACAACCCAAAGCCCCUCACACAUAGCCAGUGCCAGCAGUGGAGCGGCGUGCACUGUACACACACAGGCCUGCUCCCCAAGAUUCCCCAAGACAGGUCCGAGCUCCCAGAGUGUGCCCGAAUUUCUCCCCAGCUCCUGUGUUAUCUCCUUCACGCUCCUGGAGCUCGGAAUGUGGAGUUGCUGGAGAAGAAAGAGCUCCAGGCAGUGCCCAGUUUGGUGUCUGGGCAUCUCUGCCGCGGUCCGGGCGGUAAGCCCUGAAGGGCAUCAUUAAAUCAGCUCCAGGCACUGGAAAGAGAGGAGGGCCUAAGGGCUGGGGCCCCAGCCCUGCCUUGGCCUUUCGGGCCGCCCCCAAACAGGAAGAAGCUUGAGGAACAAAAGGGCCCUGACUCAGCCUGGUCUCUCCCGGCCUGCUCACAACCAACGGUGGAAAAGAAGCAGCCAGCCGAGCAGAGCAAGCCUGGGCGCGGGUGGAAUGUUACAGCCUGAGGAGCGACUGGGCUCCCGCAAGUUCCUGACUCCGGAUCCGGGAUCCCUGCCUCUGACAGCGCCGGUGCCGCCAAGAAGCAGUUUUCAGCACCCAAGGAGGGGGUUCAGGGCCAUGGUUGCCACCAGAGUGCUGGCUUCCAAACGUGCCAGGGGCGCCUGCGACGCGGGGCCUCCAGCGGGAAGAUUCUGCUUGCCUCCCAGCUAUAUUUGUGAUUUACUUUCGCCUUUUGUAGCCCAGGAAAAUAACUACGGAGAUACUAGGCACUGCCAUGAAAUGCUUCCAUUAUCUCCCUCAAUUUACUCCCGGAGGCCUAAGCAAGACCCCAAUAACUCGGUCCAAGGAUUCCCAGCUUCCAAGCAGGUUUUGUGGCCUCAGGAAGCCCAGGCCCACUCGCUGGGUUCACAGAGAACCCUCCGAUUCGGAGCCCGGCUGGCUACAGGAAUGGGACUUGGCGGUGAAGAUUCUGCAAGCCAGAUAAGUAAGCAAAUCAAAUAGCAAACUAACACAAAACCAUAUUUACAAGAAAGAAAAAUCUACUCCAGUUACAAAAGUGUGUGGAAUCUGACCUCGCCUCAGAGAAACACUACACAAAAGCUAUCUUUAAUA